AUGGCUACCAUCAAGUCCAAUGCCAAAGCCGCGUGGUGGAAGGAAGCCGUCGUUUAUCAGGUCUACCCAGCUUCCUUCCUUUCAACUGGCUCUGGUUCGAUGCCAGGAUGGGGCGACAUUCGCGGUAUUACCUCGAAGCUAGACUACCUCAAGCAUCUAGGUGUCAACGUGCUAUGGCCGUCGCCCAUUUUCAAGUCGCCGCAGGUCGAUAUGGGCUACGACAUCUCCGACUACAAAGACAUAGAUCCGCGUUACGGCACGUUGGACGAUGUAGACGAGCUUAUCCGGGAGCUUAAGAAGCGCGACAUGAAACUCAUCAUGGAUUUGGUUGUCAAUCACACGAGCGAUCAACAUGCCUGGUUUCUGGAUUCACGCUCAUCAAAGUCUGCAGCGAAGCGUGACUGGUACAUUUGGCAGCCUGCUAAAUACGACGACAAUGGAAACCGCAAGCCGCCGAAUAAUUGGGGCCAGAUACUGGGUGAUGCCAAUAGUGCUUGGGCUUGGGAUAAGGAGACGCAAGAGUACUAUCUUGCCCUCUUCACACCGGAGCAGCCAGAUCUCAAUUGGCGGAAUCCUGAGGUCCGAGCAGCAGUACAUGACGUUCUGAAGUUUUGGCUCGACCGGGGAUGCAGUGGCUUCCGAAUGGAUGUGAUCAACCUGAUUUCGAAGGUCGACGGAUACCCGGACGCUCCCAUCAUUAACCCAGAUGUCGCGUACCAGCCCGGCAAUAAGCACUUCGCAAACGGACCUCAUCUACACGAGUAUCUUCGUGAGAUCAACGAGAAGGUUCUGAGCAAGUACGACAGUAUGACUGUUGGUGAAAUGCCAUUCGUCCAUGACUGGGAUGAGAUCAUCAAGGUAGUAGGCGCAGACAGGCAUGAGCUCAACAUGAUCUUCCUUUUCGACAUUGUGUCAAUCGAUGACAAGCCGAACGACUUCCGCAUGACCUUGAGGGAGUGGCCGAAGAAGGAAAUCCGCGAAAUCCAGACGAUGUAUCAGCGCCUUAUGCUGGACAGAGACGGGUGGAAUAGCCUGUUUAUUGAGAACCACGACAAUCCGCGCUCUGUCUCGCGCUACACAAGCGAUACUGACGAGCACCGGGCCAUCUGUUCCAAGCUGCUGUGCAUCAUGCAGACCACUUUGGCUGGCACACUGUUCGUCUACCAAGGCGAAGAACUCGGGAUGCGCAAUCUGCGGCCCGAAAUACCGCCGGAAGAGUACGUGGACAUCGAAAGCAUCAACUACUGGCAGAAGAUGAAAAAGCUGCAUGGUAACGACCCUGCCAAACUGGAGGAGGCGCGAAAGCUAUUGCACCUCAAGGCGCGCGAUAAUGCUCGAACGCCGGUACAAUGGACAGGGGAGGUUAAUGCAGGCUUCUGUGCGCCAGAUGUGAAGCCGUGGAUGAUGGUCAAUACCGAUUACCAGACAGUCAAUGCUCAAGCACAACGCACGUACAAUUCGAAUAACGAUUUGAGCGUGCUUCAAUUCUGGAAGCGCGGAUUGCAGCAGCGGCGUGAGCAUGGUGAUGUCUUUGUGUACGGUGAUUUCCAACUGCUUGAUGACCAGCAUGAGUGCGUCUUUGCGUACAAACGGGUGGGCGAGGACGGGGAGGCUUUUGUGACAGUGCUGAAUUUUAGUGGAAAGGAGGUGAGCUGGAGCCUGCCAGAGUCGGCGAAAGUUGGGAAAUGGGUUGUCAGUAAUUACUCGAAAGCUGCGCCGGAGAACGCAACUAGUGGAGUUCUCAAGCUCAACCCGUGGGAAGGAUUACUCGGUCGGAACAUCUAA